AUGACAUUUGAGGACCAGGGGGCCGAGUGGAGGAAAGGAAAGCAGGCGGAAAGAUAUCCGACGGUUCUCCCAGAGAAUGCAAAGAAAUGGGAUGCCGCUAGCCGUGUGUAUGACCUAAAAGGAGAGUGGAUCGAGUACGACGACAAGAUACCACCACCGCGUGACGAAUUAUUCGGAUUCAGACGGUGGGCUGGCUCAUGGAUCCGUCGCCAACCGAAAGAAGAACCAUCGCAAACCCCCACACCACCACCAGAACGAGAACGCCGCGAUAAAGUCAUCUACUUCCUCCAUGGUGGAGCAUAUAUUGGCGGCACCACGCAAUUGUACCGUCUCCUCUCUGGGCGUCUAGCCAAGGAGACGAACUGCAAGGUCUUCGCACUCGAUUACCGCCUAGCACCUGAGCACGCCUUCCCUGCUGCCCUCCACGACGCGUUCACGGGCUAUCUUUACAUGAUCAACCCCCAACAUUCCUAUCCCAAAGACAUCAUACUGAUGGGCGACUCGGCCGGUGGAGGCCUCGUAAUGUGUCUCUUGAAUUACCUCAACCUGUACCUCCGGUCUCCCACGGGUCAGCACCUUGUGCCGCUACCAAGCGGUGCUGCGCUGAUGAGUCCAUGGGUCGAUCUCGCUUUUACGUCCGAAUCGUGGUCCACCAAUGCUACGUUCGACUGGUUACCCUCCAACGCUCGACAGAUACAUGAUCACAUCGUUCCUGGUUUCAUCCGCGAUCGAGUAGAACAGUUCGUGCGGCACCCUCUGGUUUCGCCCAUCUUUGCCGAAACGUACGCAGGCUUGCCGCCCAUCCUCAUUCAAGCGGGCGAAGCUGAAGUCCUGCGAGACGAUUCGCUUGCAUUGGCGUUCAAGUACGACCGGGACAACGUGGGGAGGCACGGGUUCAAAGGCUGGGUGCGCCACGAGAUGUUUACAGACAUGGUGCAUAUCUUUGUGAUGAUGAGCUGGACGAAGGAGAGCACGUCGGCCAUGCAGCGCAUCAAUUAUUUCCUGGACGAGUUGGAAGUCGGACACCCACUAGAACCAAUCUGUGUUGAGGACGACGUAACCGUGGAUUCACACGUGUCACUUUAG